AUUCUCCUAAAGAUAGACAUGACUAAAUCCCAAGUUUUCUUCUGGUCUCUGUUUCAUGGCCGCAUUCUUAGCCAGCCUUUCCUGGCUAUCUUUUCUAAAAUUUCAUUAUUUCCUUGAAAAACUUUACAUUCUUCUUUUCUGAUUAAUUUCUUUCUGUUUAGUAGUUGUUAUCUAACAUAAUUAUUUAUGUCUUUAACUUGUUUAUUGUCUCUCUUCCCCAUUAAAAGAUUUAUGAGAGCAGGAUUUUUUGGCUCUCUCAUCAUUCUCAUAUCCCCAGCAUAGAAAAUGUUGCCUGGCACUUAGGCGACACACCCCGCUCAGAAGAGGAAUGAACACUCACUUAGAUUUACCAAGCAUGGCAACUAAAUUCUCAGCUAUUGAAAGUGAUGAGUGCCAGCCCUGCGGGUUAAAGCGCCAUAUUUUCCUCAAUAUAGGGAAUAUUUGUUAGUGUCCCCAAACGAAGUUACAUUGGUUCAAUUGUCGGCGUGCGGGAGUUUUCGCCACUAGCAUUCAGCACCCCAGUUUCAACCGUUAAAGCUACCGACUCCACAUACAGGAAAUGCAUCUUAAAAUUUGGAAAAAAAAUCCCCAAAACACUGACAUCCAAACACUUUAAAGCUGCCCAGGUGGAUGGAACACCUUGAACUCCCAGACGCGCUCCACUGAGCAUGCCCAGAGCCUCAGGCCAAACCCCCUCCUACCCGCCAAGGGGAGGUGGGGCAGGGCUGGCCUUCUGUGCUAGUCGCUUCCGCUUCCGGUUUCAUAUGAACUCUCCCGCCACCCGGGAACAGUGGCUGCCACCGUUUGUGUUUUCCCGAGUUUGAAUUCUUGCAGGUGACCAAGAUGGAGUUUUCUGGAAGAAAGUGGAGGAAGCUGAGGUUGGCAGGUGACCAGAGGAAUGCUUCCUACCCUCAUUGCCUUCAGUUUUACUUGCAGCCACCUUCUGAAAACAUAUCUUUAAUAGAAUUUGAAAACUUGGCUAUUGAUAGAGUUAAAUUGUUAAAAUCAGUUGAAAAUCUUGGAGUGAGCUAUGUGAAAGGAACUGAACAAUACCAGAGUAAGUUGGAGAGUGAGCUUCGGAAGCUCAAGUUUUCCUACAGAGAGAACUUAGAAGAUGAAUAUGAACCACGAAGAAGAGAUCAUAUUUCUCAUUUUAUUUUGCGGCUUGCUUAUUGCCAGUCUGAAGAACUUAGACGCUGGUUCAUUCAACAAGAAAUGGAUCUCCUUCGAUUUAGAUUUAGUAUUUUACCCAAGGAUAAAAUUCAGGAUUUCUUAAAGGAUAGCCAAUUGCAGUUUGAGGCUAUAAGUGAUGAAGAGAAGACUCUUCGAGAACAGGAGAUUGUUGCCUCAUCACCAAGUUUAAGUGGACUUAAGUUGGGGUUCGAGUCCAUUUAUAAGAUCCCUUUUGCUGAUGCUCUGGAUUUGUUUCGAGGAAGGAAAGUCUAUUUGGAAGAUGGCUUUGCUUACGUACCACUUAAGGACAUUGUGGCAAUCAUCCUGAAUGAAUUUAGAGCCAAACUGUCCAAGGCUUUGGCAUUAACAGCCAGGUCCUUGCCUGCUGUGCAGUCUGAUGAAAGACUUCAGCCUCUGCUCAAUCACCUCAGUCAUUCCUACACUGGCCAAGAUUACAGUACCCAGGGAAAUGUUGGGAAGAUUUCUUUAGAUCAGAUUGAUUUGCUUUCUACCAAAUCCUUCCCACCUUGCAUGCGUCAGUUACAUAAAGCCUUGCGGGAAAAUCACCAUCUUCGUCAUGGAGGCCGAAUGCAGUAUGGCCUAUUUCUGAAGGGCAUUGGUUUAACUUUGGAACAGGCAUUGCAGUUCUGGAAGCAAGAAUUUAUCAAAGGAAAGAUGGAUCCAGACAAGUUUGAUAAAGGUUACUCUUACAACAUCCGUCACAGCUUUGGAAAGGAAGGCAAGAGGACAGACUAUACACCUUUCAGUUGCCUGAAGAUUAUUCUAUCCAAUCCACCAAGCCAAGGGGAUUAUCAUGGGUGCCCAUUCCGUCACAGUGAUCCAGAGCUGCUGAAGCAAAAGUUGCAGUCAUACAAGAUCUCUCCUGGAGGGAUAAGCCAGAUUUUGGAUUUAGUAAAGGGGACACAUUACCAGGUAGCCUGUCAAAAAUACUUUGAGAUGAUACACAAUGUGGAUGAUUGUGGCUUUUCUUUGAAUCAUCCUAAUCAGUUCUUUUGUGAGAGCCAACGUGUUCUAAAUGGUGGUAAAGACAUAAAGAAGGAACCUAUCCAACCAGAAACUCCUCAACCCAAACCAAGUGUCCAGAAAACCAAGGAUGCAUCAUCUGCUCUGGCCUCUUUAAAUUCCUCUCUGGAAAUGGAUAUGGAAGGACUAGAAGAUUACUUUAGUGAAGAUUCUUAGGCAGUUUUGUAACCCUUUUUCCUCAAUAGCCUGUUUCCUGUUUUUAAGAUUUUGCCUUUGUUGUCGAAAAAGGGUUUCACUCUGUCACCAAGGCUUAGUGCAGUGACACAAUUACAGCUGAUUGCAGCCUCGACCUUCCCAGCUCAAGUGAUCCUCCUACCUCAGCCUCCCAAGUAGUUGGGACCACAGGUGUGCACCUCAUAUCCAGCUAAUUUUUUUCAAUUUUUUUUUGUAGAGGUGGGGGGGUCUCCCUAUGUUGCCCAGGCAGAUCUCAGACUCCUGGGCUCAAGCGAUCCUCACACCUCAGCGUCCCAGAGUGCUGGGAUUACAGUUGUGAGCCACUGUGCCUGGCCUUUUUUUUUUUUAACCUUUUUGUUUAACUUCUCUCUUCACUGCAUCCCAAUCCAUCUACAGGCAUGCACACUUGUUAGGAAAGGAGGUUUGAGGUAACAACAGAGACUUUCACUAUAUUUUGCUUUGACAGAAGGAAAGAGGAGGAGUUUCUAUUAAAAUCUGUCACUUGAGUGAUGUCAUUUAAGUCCUAUUUUAGGAGAUAAAAACAGUUUUGGGGACUGGUUAAAGUCCCCCAGAAACUACAAUAAAGAACAACUUUUGUUUUAACUCUUAGUCACUUUGUAAUUUUGACUCAAUCCUUUUCUGGACCAGUUUUGUUAAUAAAUAUCAAAGUGUA